AUGAAAAAUGGACUUUUAUCGAAAAAAAAACAACGAAAUUUCAAACAAUUAACACUACCUUCACAAACACGCAGAGAGUCAUCGCAAAUAUUAUUAAAUACACAUUCAUCAAGAAGCACAGAUGAUUCUCAUAGGUACCAUAAUAGUCUUUUGGAACAACUUGAGAUUCUUGAAAUUGGAGUUGAAUUUAAGCUUAAUUUGUGCCAAGAAGAUCUUCAAAUAUUGGGUGAUAUUGGAGCAGGAAAUAGUGGUACGGUAACUAAAGCUCUUCAUCUUCCUACAAAAACUAUCAUAGCUAAAAAAGUUAUACAUAUCGAAGCAAAACCUACUGUCAGAAAACAAAUACUUAGAGAGUUGCAAAUCAUGCAUGAUUGCAAUAGUCCAUAUAUAGUCUCGUUUUAUGGAGCAUUUAUGAAUGGAAAUGAUAUUAAUAUUUGCAUGGAAUACAUGGAUUGCGGCUCUUUAGAUAGGAUAUCUAAAUAUGGAGCUAUAGAAGUGAAUAUUUUAGGGAAAAUUAGCAUCGCGGUUGUAGAGGGACUAACAUAUUUAUAUAAUGUUCAUCGAAUAAUUCAUAGAGACGUUAAACCAAGUAAUAUUCUAGUUAAUUCUCACGGACAAAUCAAACUUUGUGAUUUUGGGGUAUCAGGAAAGCUUAUAAAUUCAACAGCCGAUACGUUUGUGGGUACUUCGACAUAUAUGUCGCCUGAACGUAUCCAAGGAGCAAAAUAUAGCGUUAAAUCUGACGUUUGGUCUCUCGGAAUGACUCUUUUGGAAUUGGCCAUUGGACGUUUCCCAUUGACAUCAAACUCAGAUGCUCCUACUGCUGGAACUAUGGGAAUCUUAGACCUAUUACAAAGAAUAGUACACGAAUCUGCUCCAACUUUACCAAAGGGGAAAUUUCCAGAAGACUUAGAUAAUUUUAUUAGUACAUGCCUCAAUAAAGAUUUAAAAAUACGACCUAAUCCUCAGGAACUUUUGGAUCAUCAUUAUAUAAUAAACUCGCGGAAACAAGACGUUAAUUUAGAAGCAUGGGCCAAAGAAAUGCUCAAGUAAUAUGAAACAAAUGGAAAAUUAUAAUUUAUAUAUGUACAUUUUUA